AUCAACAAAACAAACAAACCUAAACAAGCCUACAACGUCUUCGUUUCUGAAAGCAUUUUGCAGUUUCUUUUUUAUUAACUUUGUUAGUUGUUACAAAAGGACAUUUAUCAGUCGUCUUACUGCUUUCUAACCUGAGAGAACUCUGAGGUUUUUACUUGGCACUUUUAUUAUGUGACACGACGAUAUCUCGUCGUGGUUCAGUUUCAGUUGUAAACAUUAACGCGAUAAACUUUAUUUCAUUACUUACAGGCAUUCUGUUUAACAUGAAUGACAGAAUUAUUACAAUUUCAAAUGAAUCUGUGCAAUCUCAUUCAACACCUACCGAAUCUCAGCCUCAUGAAAUUAACACCUCAAUCACAAUCAAUGCUACAGAUGAACAAACUUCACCGGAAGGCUUAAAUCAACAGCAGAGAUUAUUUGAACCACCUCUUCCUCCACCUGCUACAAUAAUAGCCAGAGUGGAUUCACAUCAACCUCCUCCAAGUUAUGAAGAAAUUAAUGAUCCUAAUGUUCCCCCUCCGUCAUACGAUUCGUUAUUUGGGCGAGUACGAGAGGUUAGAAAAACAUCUCGUGGUUUCGUCGAUUUCAUAAAAAAUCUGUUUUUCUUCCUGCUUGGAAAAAUCGGUCUGAUGAUAGUUAUCGGAGUAACGAUUCUAAUUCCAAUUUGUAUGCUCGUCGUCGGAGCCGUCUAUUUCAAUGAUUGUCCGGCUGAAAGUCACAUUCCAAUUUACCUAAUUGUCGGAGGGGCAUGUGGCUUGUUGAAGCAAUUCCUAUCUUUAAGAGUUCGCUCGCAACAGUCCCGACAGGCUGAUCUCGAAGUCCCCGACAGCUCUCUAACAGCAUCUGUUCAAUCAUUGAUUAAUAGUUUCUUGAUUUGCUGGUUUUUUACAGGGUGCUAUUGGGUGUAUCGUGUGUAUGAACCAAACUAUUAUGACCAAUCCGAUUCCAAAUAUUGUAGUCACGUCUUGUUCUCGUUCGCAUUCUGGCUGCUGACCUCUACGUACAUUUUCGUAGGCGUCGUGAUUAUAUUACUGUGUUGCAUCAGCAGCGCGGCUCUCGUUCUGACACGAAAUCGUUAGCCAAUGACGGCAUUCCUAUAAUAGCGCACAUGUUAUGACUCAGGGAGGGAUUGUGCCAAAAAGAAGGUUAGCGACUGUACAUAACAGCACCUUAUAAGUCAACAUUCCUUGGAGAAAGAAUGUCGACCAAUUAUCACGCACAUGAUUCUGAAUACAUUCUUCGAGUA